AUGAAAGCUAAUAGUUUGAAAGUCACCAAAAGACGUCUGUCUCCAGAGACACUCAAGCUGAUACGCCAGCGUGGAUUCUCUCGAACUGCAGGCAACCGCGAACUAACGUCCGAACUUGCAAAACAAAGCAGGCAAGCGGUAAAAGAAGAUCUUAAAGAGGGAAGAGCAGCAGUAAUGGUAGGAGCUGCAGAGGCUGGGAAAAGCAUUCGCAAAGCCCACCGAAGCUUUACCAAUUACAAGACCAAAAUGAAUGAACUCGGAAGCCCAGGCGAAACAGUUACAGCGUCCAGAAAGGCAAUGGAAAAAGUUAUUCACCAAUACUACUCGGAUCUCAUCGAUAGCCACGUCCACCUUCCGUCAUAUGAAAUAAAGGAGGAUGGGUAUAUUGUACCACCUGUUCUCCUUCCGAAAUUCGAUAUGCCAUUUCGUCGGUGA